CCCAGCGGGGUUGGGGGUCGCCUGGACGUAGGGGGUGGCUGGGAGCAAGAAAGGCCAGCCUUUUGGCUGUGCGGCCGGCAGGACACUAGGGGUGGCCUGUGGCGAUGGAGACGGCGGGCGCGACUCCAGAAGUAACCCAAGCAACUCUUACGUCAAGCCUCUGCUCAGUUUCUCAGUGAACUGGUGGGCAGUGAGAUUCAGACGCAAGCACAAGCAGGAUGGAGCACUACCGGAAAGCUGGCUCUGUGGAACUCCCAGCACCUUCCCCAAUGCCCCAGCUACCUCCUGAUACCCUGGAGAUGCGGGUCCGUGAUGGCAGCAAAAUCCGAAACUUGCUGGGGCUGGCACUGGGUCGGUUGGAGGGUGGCAGCACAAGACAUGUGGUGUUCUCAGGUGCUGGCCGGGCUGCAGGGAAGGCUGUCAGCUGUGCUGAGAUUGUCAAGCGACGGGUACCAGGCCUGCACCAGCUUACCAAGCUGCACUUCCUGCAGACUGAGGACAGCUGGGUACCAACCUCACCGGACACAGGCUUAGAUCCCCUCACAGUGCGCCGACACGUACCUGCAGUAUGGGUACUGCUCAGCCGGGACCCCCUGGAUCCCAAUGAAUAUGGCUACCAGCCCCCAGGGGCACCCCCUGGCCUGGGUUCCACACCUAGCUCCAGUUGUGGUCCCCGACCCCGAAGAAGGGCUCGAGACACCCGGUCCUGAAGACCUGCUGAGCAAGCUGUUCUCCAUGCCUGAAUGUCUAGGAUGAUUGUGCCUUCUCCAGAAGCCUCUGUAACUGCUCAACAUCCCCAACAAGACGAAUCCACCGUAGUGGGCCUCCCUUUUCUGAUUCCCCUUUCCUCUGGCAUAUGGAAAGGGACUGCUAUGAAGAGUGACAGGUGUUGUGGGGUCUCAGCCAGGUUCUGGAUUGCUUCCAUCUGUAGUGCCUCUGAUCUGCCUUCUGACAGAGGUCCAGGGAGUGGAUUAGGAAAUAAAAGUUCUUCUGGUUUGUCUGAUGAGCUUCCCUCUGUUCAGCCUGCUAUGUGGAGUUGGGAUUAAGGGGGUGAGAGUCUCUGCCUUUGCCCCCCAGGAGCUCAUAGGCUGGAGACAGGAAGAGUAGGCUCAGGCUAGUGCUGGGAGGAUCUAGAGUCGUUAAUAAGCUUCAAACAGUAACCUGACUAUAUCUUGAUCCCUGGAUGGGUCUACCAUGUGCAUUGGGCUGGUUUAGGGACUCUGCCAGGUCAGACAUUUUUCUCUAUCUGUGGCUUAUAGUGGUUAUGAUUAUGGUCUCAGGCAUCAGACUGUCUGGAUUUGAAUCCUGAUUCUGCCUCUAGCUUACUAGCAGAUUACUGCUUUGUGCCUUAGUGUUCUCAUCCAUAAAACAGGAUUUAGUGCUUACCUUACAGGGUU